CACUGCAUAUUGACAGUAUUCUUGUUACUGUAAAUUAUAAUCAAGGAACCUAAAAUUGGAAAUUAUUAAUUCAUUAGGGCGCAUCUACCGGACUAUUUAUCGAUGUCAAAUUACUCUUAAGAUGAUAUAAGUUUGCUGGGAUUGUUAUCACUUUCACUACAAUCAGCUGCAAGUUACAUUGCGGUAUGACUAUGGAGUGGUGGGCGCCGUUCGUGAUGCCUCAGUUCCAGUCGCUCUUGGCGGAUGCCAACCAGAUGAAUUACCAGAAUACUGUGGCUGUCCACAACGAUGACGACAGCUGGUGGUUGGGAUAUAUCCAAGACAUUGACGGCGACCAGGUCUUCAUCCACUUUAACGCCAGAAAGGUCACUGACCGCUGGGUGCCCAUGGGAAGCGUUUGGCCGCUGCUGUUCUACUGGGAUGACAGGUCCCAACCGUAUUCGGCUGGUAUGCCAAUCUAUGCGGCACUUCGUGACGAAGAUGACGGCCCGUUUCGGUUUCGACCGGUCACGAUGUUGGGCAGAUUUCGGGGAUGUGAGAAGAUGUGUGAAGUGUUCUAUGUCCAGACCACUAUUGCCGUCGCAAACGGAAACCAAGACAUCGUCCGCGGUGAACUGGUUCAGAACUGCCAGAUUAGCAAACAGCUGCCGCCCCCUGGUUCCCCCCUACUCCAUCCAUCCAGCAGCAGACUGUUGUGCACCAAGUACGUGGUACCGUUUCCCCGAGCCCAUGCGGUCCUUAGUGACGCCUCCGAUAAAUUUCGCAUCGUCAUGCAUUUUCGCCAAGCAUUUCAAAAUCCUCCGCCAUUGGGUCGCCUUCGGUUCGCCUGCUGUGAUUUGCAUUCCUCCGGUCAAUUUGCAAUUGGCAAGCAGUUUCGCCAAGCAGCGCAGCAAAAUAGGACAUUCUAUAUCUUGUCGGACAAUUGUCGCUUUCACCUACGAACCGAGCGGGAUGUGUGUAUGUUUAUUGUCAUGAGUCCGGCAAUGGACGACGAGAUGGCACAGCACAUGAUUGCUACGUUGACAGAGGUGCUGGAGACACAUCUAGCCAGUCGAGCGUGCUUCCCACCCAUUCUUUCCCGAAUUUUACCCAUAAUUGACGUUAGUAUGCACGACCCAGAUGCGGAAAGCGAUUCCUCAUGCACAUUGGCUAGUCUGUGUCACUUGCCCCCGUUUCUUCUCAGCCAAAUAUUUCCCCAUAUGGACAUACAUUCACAAAUGCGAGCGAAACGCGUGUGCGCAUUGUGGCAGCUGCUGUUAAGCAGUCCCCGCCUAACCGAGCACUUCAGCAUCGCACUGGACAGCUGUGGCGGAAUUCAUUCCGAUAACAAUAACUGUUUCCGGGCGGCAUCGCUCUUGAGCCGUACCGUCAGCACAACGACCAGAAGUCUCACAGUACUGGGAGAUUUCCUUCCACACAACCUUUUAUUUUUAUACGAUGUGCUGAUAGCCAUGAGAAUCACAUUGCCCUUUAUUGUUUUCAAAGACCAUAUUAUUACGGAUCCCGGAUGGAUGGGCUGCUUAGAUCCAACGCGUUUGAUGCAUUCUGCAACUGAUGUUACGUCAUUCUAUAGGGACGUAUGCGACUUCAUCUUCCUCUGUAACUGGAAAGUGCGUAAUCUUUUUGGUAAACUAAUAUGGUACGUGUUCAAAUACGGGUUUUACGAUCGUGGACCCUUACAUCCUCUGCCAGCGCAUGAGCAGGCUUUCAUGACGAAUCUCACUAAGGAAUCCCACGAACUGCCCAUCGACCAGCUGUACAUCACUAUUCCGCGGCUGCUGCUGCGCUGCGACGAUAGCGAAAUGCACAUGACCAGCCGCGUCAUGCACGCCCUGAGCGACAACUUCCCACCGGUCACGGCGGACAUGAUAGAAAAGGUCAGGGCUGUGUACGCCCGCUGGGUGCGCACGCUGAGCUAUCCAGAUGAUUGGCAGCCCAUUCGCUAUUUUCUCUUACUGUUCAGCCCAUUCGAGCUCGACGGCCGACCACAAAGGUGGUCUAAGGUCGACCUGCGGCUAGUGGAUGUCAGCACAAUAAGCAGAACUGCCAUCUACGGAAUCUACGCAGUAUUUCAAGCGUGACGCUCUGCACCGUCGCUACCUCUCGCUUUUAUUAACGGGAUAAACAUCGGCUUCCAUCGUCACAGUGGUGGAGAAAUCAAAAUAAUUUGGGAGGUGUGAAGACAGGGAACAUUUGGAGGAGAUCUGCCUGGAUUUCUCCUGGAACGCCGAACACCGGCACUUUGUAUUCGGGGAACUGGUAUUCGGGGAAUGUCCGAGCGAUAUCAUCCGGCAUGGCGGUGAUGAUGAAUGGGGUCAGUGCUGGCUCCGAGCCGAUUAAAGUUGCAAUUGUUUCUGCGUCGCGGGAUUCAAUGGCUUUCUUACCCAUCUGGUAAGCCGCUGGGUCCAUUUUAAAUUCUUCUGCAAUAUGGAAUAUGACACCACAAGAAAAUAAUGAGUUAUUUAAUGUUUAUCGUAGCAAUUAACAAUAAAAUAAUUAAUAACAUAAAUUCUUUAUUUCGAUUCAUAAUUAAGACAGUAUUAACCGGACAGUGGACACUACUGCUACAAGAUUAUGUAACUAUUUUAUUAAUAGUGACUAUUAACCGGUGACUAUUAAUAACUAUUUUAUUUUUAUAUAUGUACUACAGCCCUGCUCCACGACACGCGGACAGUUGCACAAAAUAAAUUUAAAAAUACUUCUGCGCGUCGUUAGGUUUCAUCCUUUAUACUUUCCUGAUGUAACUUUUUAUUGUGAAUUCAGUAAUACUAAGAUCUGAAUCUUUUGAUAUGCCGGUAACUCCCCAAGGGGCGAUCAAGAGGAGGGGGUAGUGACCAUUUUUAUCGUGCGUAUAGCUGCAGCUAUAAAACCUGCAUCAAUCAAUAUUUUCGAGUGGGCUUUUUUGAAAAGUUUAGAAUGGUUCAAGAGGUGUACGGUAGGGGUUAGCAAAAAAUUCUUGCCCGAGCUCAGCUCGAGGUGACCUCAAAGCAACAUGCAUGUCCCAUAAUAGACUUGUAUGUUAAACGGCAUCUACUGGAAAAUGUGGUUGCCUGGCGCAUAGAGCAGAGUCACCUCAAGGUUUAUUUUUAAAAGAUGAGACAUGAAUUAGAUUAGAUGAUUUUAAUUUUUCGGCAGAUAUCAAUAACACUGGCAGAGAGCUGGAAGUGCCAAGUAAAUUGAAGAAGAAAUCUAUAAAGCUGUUGUCAAAAAAGUCCUGCGCGUUUUUCGAAAUUUGUUGUAACUGGAUGUUUCGAGCCUGAGCCUAGAUUAGGAAACGCUUAUAUAGCUCUUAUUAUCUCGCAAACGAAAUUUUGUCAGAAUCAGUUAGCAGCGACAUCACAUGACUGUACAGCUAGCGACCGAAGAAGGUCCUCCUUUAAUUUGACAGUGCCCGCAAAGGUCAAGGAGGUUUGGCGGAACUAGGCUACUGUCUAGUGUUUUUUACAAGAGCAUUAAAUGGCAAACAUCUUAAAGUUUCCAUUUUUGGAUUGAGGCAGCAACAGAAUUUUUAAUUAAAUUUUGAAAGAGACGAAGACAGCCGAGGUAGAAGGGUCGAGCCGCUUUUUUAAGCAGGUCUGCUUUAGUUUUAAUUCCACCAUAACUUGAAACACACUUUCAGCACUGAAAUCAUAAGUGCAGAAGAUGUUGGAUGUACAUGGGAAUCAUGUGAAAAUUAAAGAUUUAUCCAUUUGUCGACGGGUAAACUACGGUGAUUUUUGGGAGAAACUGUCCGCGUGUGGUGGAGCAGGGCUGUAAUUAAUCUGAUUACGUACUUCGGUUUUUCUCAUAAUUCAGUCAUUUAAUUAUACGUUUUCUCGAACCGGCCGCCAACCAUCUGGCGCGCUAUCUGAAUAACCGCCGAUCGCGUACGCUUCUGCAACUCCUGUGAAUUUCUAAUCGCGCUCUUUCUUUAUGCAAAUUAUCAGUAAAUAUACUGAUAAUCUGCCUCGUUAAUUCGUUUAAUUUUAUGAGCAAAAAUAUUACUGUCGAUUAAUUUUUUAAAACAUUCUUUUUGUUUAAAACUUUGUGACCCAAAAAGCAGGAAGUUCUGCAUACCGAAUUUGAAAGUCACCAUUCCCUGCUGGAGCAUUUUCGGCUCACCAAUGCCGAAGUUCCUGCAAAAAAAUACGAGCUUCAACCAGGUUUGAAGACCAAUUUUUUAAUUCCUAAAUACGAAACUUAAUAAUAUAUGUACAUAGAACGCAACACUGUUGUAAGCAGAAAAGCACAUCACUCAUCAUAGAAGAUCCUUGUGUUAUACACCAUAAAUAUUAUUGAUUUAUUUUUACCAUUUUAAAAUUUUUACUCGUUUUCGAAGGCUGUGAAAAAAGUCGUUGAUGACAAUAUACGUCAAGGGAUUGCGAGCGGAAACAGCUGCACGAGUCACUCUAACGGUAAAUGCAGGAAAACUGAAUUAUUUUAACUGGGAAAGACUGCUUUUGUGGAAAUAAAUCAUGGAUAAAAAAUCUGAUUAUGUAUUUCGCUGCGGAAAAUCGUAGAAAGCCGGAAAUGCAGGGAAACAGGAUGGGAAGCGCGUGGUAUCCAAAACGGCGCAGGUGGUUCGUAAAGUUAAAUUGCCCUGUCGUGCUGCAACGGUGCAGUCUCCACAUGCGAUUAAUGGCAGCCAGGGAAAGAAAAAGGAUAAAUUUCUGCAUACGGGAAAGGAUACUCCUAAGAAGAGAGCCGGCACGGAGGUGCUUCCGGUGUUUGAUGCGGAGAAGCUGCGGGCGCAUGUGGAAGGGCGAGCCGCCAAAGCCUUGGCGCUGACCGCAAGCUGUGCACCAUCGGCCACAAUCCGGCCCGUCCGCGGAUUCCCAAGAAGCCCACGGACUGCUCGCACAGCGUGAAACCAGCCAAGCCCACCACCGUCAGAGUGCGCGCCGCUACGCCGAUUCCGGAAGUCCGCGGUGCUGUCAAGGAAAGCCAUUCGACGACGAAAAAAGCGGAGAAGCAACCACCGGAAAUCAACCACCAGGAUGUAACGAAGGAGCGGAAGGAAAACCCGGAUCGUGCACACCGUCCGAUAAAGACCAAAAUCGACCGGAACAAAGUCAAAUCUCCCGCAAAGUCGCACUGCCUGGUGGAGCAGACGACUGAUGACGCUGUGGAUAUCAAUUUGGUCUCUUUCGGUCAGUACUAGCGUUUGUUCAACAAAUUCGGUAUGUACUGCGUUUCGGGUUGUUUUUCUGUUAUUUACUCAUGUUUAUUCACCGUUUUUUUGGAUUACCGCUUGUUUGUUUUUUUCUGGCCGCCGAAUUGACUGGGAAUUGUGAACGGCUCAAUGCUUUCUUACGUUAAACAAAUCUGUAUUGUAUUAUCUUUCCGCGAUGCCUGAAAA